AUGGCGGCUAAGGGUACUUCCUCAGUCGCAGCACAUGGUGUGAAACUAGACACUCUUAAGGACUGCCUCCAGUUUCUGGAGUGGUUGCAUGAUAAGAAGCAGGAUGUUGCGAGAACGCGGGUGGCCGGUAGACUAAAGAGGUUACUAGAUAAGAAUUAUAAAAGUGUCGACCUACAUCGUAUUGAAGACGCACUGUCCCAAUUUCUCAAAAAUGUAUCAAAGUUUUACAAGACUUUAUGCGAUAGAGUAGAGUAUCCUAAAUAUACGCCUACAACCACUACACCUGCCCUCAACGCUGUCCUAGAGUGCAUUUCAAAAGUGCUUGCCGUUAUGUAUUUUUUGCGUUACCGUGUGGACGCGAAAUUCGAUAAAGUUGGCGGAGGGGGUUGGGCACAGCAGCCGGUUGGAUGGGUUGCACAGUUGGCUAGAUUUGAUACACAAAUGAUUGCACGGUUGGUAUCUAGUGGCAGUGAGAUUGAUGCAUAUUUCAUUGCAACAGUCGAUAACAAUACCUACGGUGUCAUCCCUGGAGGAUUUACCGCCGGUGAGUUGAAGCAGCUUUCUAGGGGUGGUUAUAAUCAAGGUUCUCUUAUGGUUGGGGACCUUCAAAAUAUUUGUGAGAAGCAUGCCGGUAGCGGUUUACAAAAUUAUUUUCUCGACGUUUAUUCAACAUCAGUCAUUCCUAAGACCGGUGGUACCCAAAUAUCGAACGUGGCCAAUGCUCUCCGCUUGGUGCGAGAUUUUUGUGGAAUUUUUGAAAAAGUGAGGGAUAAAGAAGACUUUGCAAAACAUUUAUAUUUGAGAGAUAGAUGCAUUGAGUUUCAAGCAUUAAAGGACCAUUGCGCGAAUCUUAAAGUGCCUCUUGGCAACAUUUUUAAACCUGAAGCCUUUUCUUUUACAGGUUACGCUCGGGAAGAUAAGGACCUUAACAUUGAUACGUUUUCGAAGAAGAUGGCUAGUUGGUUUAGAAAGAAUCUGAAUGCUGUGAAGAGAGAAUUGGCAAAUAUUGAAACAUUUGGUAGUAAAAAAUAUCCGUUUUUUAAUAAUCGUACUUUACGCAGCGGUUCGGGGCUACGCCAACAGGAUAAAGUAAAGCUUACUGAAUAUUUCACUCAAAAUUUUUUCCGUUAUGGAUUCACGUUUCAUGGCUACGACUUUACAAAAUGGCGAAAUAUGUAUGAUGUUUUGAAAAAGGAUUGGGAUGGUGUCAUCGAGAAACUAAAUAGGGAAGAUGACGGUUUGGAUAAGCUUGUGAAAAUUUUGAAUGGUACGAUGUGUCAACUAAGGACAGAAGAAGUAGAGGAUGAAGAGGCUAAGGAAGAGCUAGAAAUUCAGGAUGAAGAUUUGAGUGUGGAAGAAGAUAAACCUGUCGCCACUAAAACCGAGGCCGCCAAGCCUGUGGUCACCAAAGCUGAGGCUGCUAAGCCGACUGUCAGCAAAACGGAAGCGACGAAAACUGAGGCUGCGAAGCCGACUUCCACUAGAGCUCAAACAGUUGAAAAUGGCAAUGAGCAAAAUCAAGGCCUUAAAUCCGAGGAAGCGCAGCACCAAGGCAAGAAAGCGGAGGGAGCACAGAACCAGGGCAAGAAGGGGGAGGGAGCACAGAACCAGGGUAAGAAAACUGAGGGCCCAGAUCAAAAUAAUGGUCAAAGUGAAGAAAAGUUUCCAAGUUCACCAGUUGCACAGGCUGUACAAACUCAUACUUCAAGUGAUUCAAGUGCAGGCUCUGAGUUACCUGGUGCCCAUGCUUCCAGUGGUGGUCCGGGCCCGGUUUCUCAGGCGGGUUCUGCUGACGCUAGUCAAGCAAGUGAUCGGGCACCUCAAGCAGGUGUAGGUGACAGUAAUACAUCCAGAAGUCAGCCUGCUGCUAUCGGCGGUGAUGGAGUAGGAGGGGGUGGGAGUUCUGGGAUUUCGAAUAAGUGUCCCGGCGGUAAAGCACCUAUACAGCUUUGGCCUAAUAGUGACAGUAAAUAUUGCCCCAGUAAUGUUGAUACAAAUAAGCAUGAAGACGUGUAUAAAGCGUGGACUCCAGAACCACAAAUAACGGAUAAAGGUGCUCAGUAUCCUAAAAAUUCCAGGAUCACUGAUUCAUACAGAACUACAAAUCAAAGUAUACCUCACCUUCUCGGAUCUCCCCGUCAACAUACGGCUGGCCCAGGUACUGGGCGUGCAUUGUACGAACCAGGAGAAUGGCGACGCAGGCAGGGAGGUCGCAUAGCCGAAACAGAUAUGCCAUCUCUCGAUGUUACUGGCGAUCCUAUUGUAGAUUCGCGUGAUCACCAACACGAUAGGCUCCUUGCGCAGCGACGCAAAAACGAUGCAAAUCGUUUAAAUAUACAAAAACUAGAAACCCAGCAAAAACUAGCGUAUGAAGACAAAGCACGCAUACGGGAAAUAGAGAAACAGAAACAAAAUGCAUACGAACUGUGGAAACAGAAAGAAACAAAAGGAAAAGAUCAAAAACAGUACGACAAAUUUAGUGAAACUCUAAGAAGACAGAAUGAAAGGAACAAGAAGGUGGCAGCAGAGUUGGAUAAAAUAUUAAAAGAGGGAGACCCACAAAGAAAGAAGGAAGCGGAGUGGAUUAAACAGCGAGAGAAAGAGGAACGUCGACAGCAAGAAGGUUUGCGGAAGUAUUUGGGUUAUCUGCAAAAGCAUAGGGGAGAUUAUGCUCCAAUCAUGGGUAUUCCUAUCCCGGAACCGCAUGAUUUCGCCAUUGACGGCGAAGCGGUAACAACUUAUAAUGAUACGGCAUUAAAGAAACGAAUGGAUUUGUCUGAAAUGGAUUAUGAAAAGUAUUUAAAUUCAAGUCGUGUACAACUACAACAGAGGAGGGAAGAUCUGAAAAAACGGCAAAAAGAAGCAGAUGAGCGUUAUAAAAUAAACGCUCAACAGAUAUACAAAAUAGAUCCAAAGGUUAUUAGCGAUGUUAUCAUUGCCAUUGACGAACCAAAUGCCAAAGGCCUUCCCGGUCGUAUGCCUCCACAAGUUCCUGCAUUAUAUUCAGGUACCAUAGGCGAGGCGGUAGAGGCGCCAGAAUCUCAAACAAAAUCCUCGUCGCAAACACCAAUAUCGCAUAUUGAAGGACACCAUGUUUCGGAUCUCAGUUUGGCACCAUUGCUGAUACCUCCUCUACUUAUAGGUGAGCCGCUGGCACUGCCACCUCUGUCAACGGAUGAUUUUGACAUGAUUGCAGCUAAACGUGAUCAUGAUUUGAGAAACAUGCCACACAUAUCUGGUGACGCAAUUGAUAUUCCGCCAAAUAGUGUUCCAACCGACAACACGCAAGCGGUGUUAGUUGAAUCAGACCCAUCCGCAUUUGAACCCAAAGGAACGCUCAAUCCAGGUUUCCAAAAUGGCCGGGCUGUGACCGAUUCUCAAGUCUCAAUCACACUUGACGACAACAUCAUGGCGGAGUUAACAGGUGUCAUUGGCAAUACGAUCAAAAACGAAACGAACAAAAUUCCAACGAUUGAAGUUCCAGACAAUAUGAACGCUCCUAUAUCUUUACCAGCACAACCUAUAGGCUACUCUAUUCCAAAUUCAAAUCGGGAUGCCCCCGUGCAAGAACCGCGUCCAAAAUUCAAGCCGCCGGAUGUAAGCGGCAGUGUCACUUCCGGGUUUAUUAGCGACGUUGAGUCAUGGACAAAAAAGGAAGUUAUGUACAAUAAUAUAAAAAGGGAUCUUGAAGCGCAUAAGCAGGCGUUGGCGAACGACCAAGACCGGAGAAUCAAAGAGGCACAACGAUACGGAGAAGGAUUUAAAAAAAUGGUACAUAUGCACGACGAUGACAGGAAUCAACAUCUACUUGAUGAUGUACAAGAAUCAACAGAAAAACUCAAGUUUCCAUCACCACGCAAACUUCAAGAUAUUGUAUAUCCCAACGAGAAACCAUAUGUUGCUCCGCCGGUUAUUGAAACAUUGCCUCAUGAUUUACAGUCAACUGAAACAACCGGGGAUGUGUCUAAAACGUUUAUUGAUGUCAACGAUUCCGAGUCGCUUCCCGAAGUCAGCUUGUCCGUCGACAUAUUAAAACACCCACCGUUUCAGCCUCUGAAUGACUACGAUUACGGCCGUACAUUUAUGCCUUUGCCGGUAGUAGCAGGGGGUCAACUUGCGAGCACCCUUGAUUCACCUAGAUUGGUAUCAGAGCGAAGCAUCCCACUUUUUGUAAAUCCACACCUUUGUACUAACCCCUGGUCCGUUUCCACUUCCACUUCCUCCACCGAUACACCCCCUACACCUACCUCCCCUCCCCCAGACACCGACCAUCUACCCCCGCCAAGAACCAUCCGGGAAAUGCUGUUCUGGUUUGUGGGAUUGAAUCAAUUAGGGUAUAUUGGAGUGAUUAGUGAGCAUAUGAAGAGCAUUUUAAAGGAUAUUAACAAAGGUGCUUCCCAGAUCUCAGAUGGCCUUCAGGUCACCGGAGAUCCCACCGAGCUUGAUGCCUCCAUGGUCACCGCCAAACUGACCGAGGCGUGUCUCUACUCAGCCACCGUUAUCUACAGAAUGAAGCAUCGUGAUGAUUACUCAGCCUAUAAAGAGUUUAAGUUUGAAUCAGUAUACAGUAACCUUCAUUAUUCCCCCGACCCCGCCUGUCUCCUCUGCCAGCUGUGUGACUACGUCUACGCCUGCUGCCACCAGUUGGAGUUCCUCAAGUCGCAGUGUGAGAGGGACAAACUAAGUGGUGGUUGGCAGGAUUGUAAGUACGGCAGUGACAUCAAGACGCCAUCCCCUCUCCAUUCCUUCCUGACUGACGGCUGGGACUCAGACUUCGAGACUCACCCCUUCGACCCGUGCAACCUGUGCCACAAGAGCAGAGUCAGGAUGGGAUUCGGGGAAAGUGAUUUGCCUAAAAUUCAACAAACUGGCACUACCCUUUCCUCCAUCCUCACUCCCAGUUGCGGCGGUGAGGGCCAUGAUGUGCUACGCUACACAAAAUGGUAG